UUAGUGAUAGCGGAGCUUUGCUAAUCACAAGAAUAGUCUCACCAUGGCUUGAUAAAGCCUUUCAAUAAAUGGUGAUCUGAAUAAAAUUCUGGUUCUAUCUGUGCAUCAUUCCUAUCUGGCUCACUUCAUUACUUCAUAGCUUUCAUCUCCUCUUCCAUCACCAUGGCUGAUCUUUUAUGUGCAAGAACUAAUACCUAGAAGCUUUUGCUAUCAUAUCAUCAGUGUUACCUGUAUUUUCUCACAGCCAUAGGGACCAUCUUCGUGAUUAUUUCCUCAUACAUAAGAGGGAAAUAUGUCUAAACUUUUUGGUUGAUUGUUUGCUGAGCUGUAUAUGACUAUCUGUUUUACAAAUGUUGGCAUUACCUGCCUUGGUAAAGACUGGUUCAUUGUUUUUAUUUUUUAAUUUCUCUUGAUUUAACCAUCUUGUACAUUUGAAACCGUUCCACUAAUGGAAAUGGGAAAAAUAUAUUUUGCCAUUCUUCUCCUUCAAAAUCUAUCCGUGAUCAUAAAAAUGCUGCUGUUAGGAUGCCUUUUUUCUCACUCAAAUUGUUGCUUCUUGACCUGUCAAAUCAUGAUUACGUAAUAGCCUCAUCACCAUUACAACAAAGUAUGACUAGUUUCAACAGAAUGCAUGUCCACAAAAUGUUUGUACAGGUCAAAUCUGUUGGGAGAUUUAAGGAAACAAAGCGGACUGAUGGGAUCUCCACGUCAGAUGUUAUAAUGAGGAUAGUUAAAGAUUAUAAUGAGUAUGUGAUGCGUAAUUUGGCACGUGGAUAUACAAGAAAAGAUUUGGGUGUCAGCUAUGUGAAGGAAAAGCGGCUAAGAGUUAACAUGGGGUUUAAAAAGUUGCGUGAGAAAGUGAAGCAACAGCAAGAGAUAGUCGGGGAAAAGAUACAAGUAGCUGCUAAAACAGCCUGUGUGCAUCGGAAUGAGUGGGUUGAGAAUGCUGAUAGAUUGGUCGCUGGAUUUCUUGAAAUGUUUGAAGAACGCUGUCAUAAAAUGAGGACUCUGCUCUACAUUCUUGAAAGGUCUAUGAGUUCAGAACAUCAACGUGAAUUGCACUGUUCGUCAACUGAAGCCAAGAAAGGUAGUACCAGCAGCAAGUUGGAACCGCAAGAACACCAAGUGGAAUUGAAUGCGAGCAAAGUAGGUGGUGGAUAUGGAUUCCUUAGACGUGCAACGACAAAACACCCCACCAGACAUACAGAAGAAGAGCAAUCUGGUCCUUAUUGUCCUAUGCCAUUAUUGCUUGCUUUAUAUUGUCCUACAGGCUUCUGUGUCAUCACGUCGAAAAUCCGUGCAAUUGCAAGUCCUUCACACAUGCAAGGUGGAGGUCGCUUUCAUGAUACCAUUUUCAGCAACAAAUUUUCCCAUCCAUCUUCGAGAUUGCAUUUUCCAUUAAGUUUAAGAGUUUCAAAUUUGACACGCUUGGGCAGCGAUGCAAUUAAAAGAAAAGGGGAGAGAGAAUUAAUAGCUACCCAUUCUUUUUGAUAGAUUGCUUAGAAGAAAAGAGAGGAGAGAGAAGAAAGAAGUAGAUGGCAUGAUAAAAUAUAAAAAGAAAUCCCUUCAAUUGAA